UCGGUCAGUAUUUGGUAGGUGUGUAAAGUGUGGAAUUUGACUGUGCUGUUGAUUCUGGAACUACAAGUUGUCUUCUAGUACUUUUCAAAAUAAGGACAUUAAACUGAUUUAGCUCGACAAGACUGAGAUGUUACAGUUUAGGGCUUCAAUUGUGCUCAAGGAGUUGAUUCAAACCAGCCCUAAGCGUUCGUUCUCUGACAUUAUAAGGCACAAAAAGACUUUACCAAACGCGUACUGCUUCAGCGCUGCUUAUCGGGAUGACAGAAUAUAUAAAUUAAAGAUUGUUUACAAUGGAAGACCUUUUAUUCAGCCUUUAGCUGGGAGAAGAUUUCUGUGUACAAAGACCGAUGGUGCGAUUGAACCCACAGAGCCAGUGAAGAAAGAUGAGACCGUUCAGGAAGCGACGGCAGAUAAGAGAAGGAAGGCUGGCAUUCUGCCCAGCUUGGAGGACCUGCUGUUUUACAGUAUUGCCGAAGGCCAGGAGAGGAUCCCAGCUCACAAAUUCAUUACCGCACUGAAGGCCACUGGACUUCGAACGGGAGAUCCACGGCUGAAAGAAUGUAUGGACAUGUUGAAAGUCACCCUCAAAUCCACGGCAGAUGGCGUAAUGCUGGACCGACAUCUGUUCAAAAAGUGUGUCCAGAGCAACAUUGUUCUCCUAACCCAGGCCUUCCGGAAAAAGUUUGUCAUCCCUGAUUUCCAGACUUUCGCCUCCCACAUCGAUACACUUUAUGAGAAAGGCCGUAAUCUUUCCGGGGGGCUGGUUGCUGACUACAUUCCUCAACUUGCCAAAUUCAGCCCAGAUCUGUGGGCCGUUUCCCUUUGCACAGUAGAUGGACAAAGACACACAGUGGGCGACACUAAAGUGCCAUUUUGCCUGCAGUCGUGCGUGAAGCCGCUCAAGUACGCUAUUGCCGUGCACGACCACGGCACUGAAUAUGUGCACCGGUUCAUUGGGAAAGAACCCAGUGGCUUACGCUUCAACAAGCUCUUCCUGGAUGAGGACGAUAAACCCCAUAACCCAAUGGUGAAUGCUGGUGCAAUCGUGUGUACCUCUCUUAUUAAGCAAAGAGCAGGCAAUGCUGAGAAGUUUGAUUAUGUCAUGAACUUCUUGAAGAAGAUGGCAGGAAAUGAAUAUGUUGGUUUCAGCAAUGCCACAUUCCAGUCGGAGCGUGAGUCAGGAGACAGGAAUUUCGCUAUUGGCUACUACCUGAAAGAAAAGAAGUGCUUUCCAGAUGGCACAGACAUGACUGCUGUUCUGGACUUCUACUUUCAGCUGUGCUCCAUCGAGGUAACUUGUGAGAGUGCUAGCGUCAUGGCUGCCACGCUGGCCAAUGGAGGCUUCUGUCCAAUCACAGGCGAGCGUGUGCUGAGCCCCGAGGCCGUGCGAAACACCCUCAGCCUCAUGCACUCCUGCGGCAUGUAUGACUUCUCUGGACAGUUUGCCUUCCAUGUGGGUCUUCCAGCCAAGUCAGGUGUGGCUGGAGGUAUUCUGCUGGUUGUGCCCAAUGUGAUGGGCAUUAUGUGCUGGUCUCCGCCAUUAGACAAACUUGGCAACAGUGUCAGGGGCAUCCAGUUCUGCACGGAUCUGGUGUCCUUGUGCAACUUUCACAACUAUGACAACCUGAGGCACUUUGCCAAGAAGCUCGAUCCUCGCCGAGAGGGAGGAGACCAGCGGGUGAAAUCUGUCAUCAACCUCCUCUUUGCUGCCUACACAGGAGAUGUGUCAGCUCUGAGAAGGUUUGCACUGUCCUCCAUGGACAUGGAGCAGCGGGACUAUGACUCCAGGACAGCGCUUCACGUAGCAGCCGCUGAGGGACAUGUUGAAGUUGUGCGUUUUCUGCUAGAGGCCUGCAAGGUGAAUCCUGGUCCCAAGGACAGGUGGGGCAACACACCGAUUGAUGAGGCGACACAUUUCGGUCAUCAUGAGGUGCUCACGCUUCUACAGGAGUACAGCAGUAAGUACAGCCCAGCGGUCAAUCCUGUCGCAGAUAAAGAGACCACCGAAAAAAACCUGGAUGGGAUGCUGGAGACGUAACCAUUCCCGCCACUAGAGGACACUCUUCUGGAGCAGCCCAGUGAAGGACUGGUUCUUCACAAUAGCAUUGUGCUGUU